AUGAAUUCGGGUUCUCGCUCUGAGAGCUUGGAGCUUCACUCCGUGGAUGUGUCGCAGGACGACAUCAAACCCGCGGCGCUGCACAAGGAAGACGUGUACGAGGAUCCCAGCGGGCGCAAAUAUGACCUCGAGCUGGACGGCCCACGUGCCCGCGCCAUGCUCGACGGCAAGCUGGAUCUCGACGCGGAAAUCGCGGAACUCGACCGCCAGGGCCUCGAGUUCCAGAAAGAACGCUCGCUGUGGCAGCGCGUCCGCUCGCUCGACGUGGGCACCGACUUCGAAAACAAGCGCAACAUGGUGUACAUGCUGGGCGCGUUUGCCUCGGCCGCCGGUAUUCUUUCCGGGAUCGACCAGUCCAUUAUUUCGGGCGCGUCCCUUGGGAUGAACCGCAUGCUUAAUCUCAGCACGCACGAGGCCUCCCUGGUGUCCUCCCUCAUGCCCUUGGGCGCCAUGGCCGGUUCCAUCCUCAUGUCGCCUCUCAACGAAUGGUUUGGCCGUAAAUCGGCCAUCAUGAUCUCCUGUGUCUGGUACACCGUUGGCGCCAUUCUGUGUGCCGCCUCCCCCAACAACCAAGUGAUGUACGCGGGCCGUUUUAUCCUGGGUGUUGGUGUUGGUAUCGAAGGUGGUUGUGUCGGAAUCUACAUCUCUGAAUCCGUGCCCUCCACUGUGCGCGGUAACCUUGUCUCCAUGUACCAGUUCAACAUCGCAUUGGGUGAGCUUUUUGGCUAUAUCAUCGGUAUCAUCUUCUUCGACGUGCAUGGCGGUUGGCGUUUCAUGGUUGGUUCCUCAUUGGUGUUCUCAACCUUUUUACUCGUCGGUUUGUUUUUUCUACCGGAAUCUCCACGUUGGCUCGUUCACAAAGGUCGUGUUGGCGAGGCUUGGAAUAUCUGGAAACGUCUUAGAGAUGUUUCCGUGGACUCCAACAAAGUCGAAUUUUUGGAGAGUCGUCAAGCCGCUUACCAAGAUCAACAACUCCGUGAACACGAAUCUCGCUUCCAAAACUGGUUUGAUCUCGUUCGUAUUCCUCGCAACCGUCGCGCUUUGAUUUACGCCGUUAUGAUGGUUUCCUUGGGCCAAUUGACCGGUAUCAAUGCUAUCAUGUACUACAUGUCCACUUUAAUGGCCAACAUCGGUUUCGACGAAAAGAGAUCCGUUGCCAUGUCCAUGGUCGGUGGUGCCGCCUUAUUAAUUGGUACCAUUCCUGCUAUCUUAUGGAUGGAUCGUUUCGGAAGACGUGCCUGGUCCAUGACAAUAAUUUUGUUCUCCGUGGGUUUGGUUCUUGUAGGUGUCGGAUACCAGAUCGAUUUGAACACCAAUAGACCCGCCGCGGAAGGUGUCUACUUAACCGGUCAAAUUUUGUACAACAUGGCCUUUGGUUCUUAUUCAGCAUUGACAUGGGUUCUACCUUCUGAAUCCUUUUCGCUUGCUACCAGAUCGGUUGGUAUGACUGUUUGCUCUACCAUGCUAUAUUUGUGGAGUUUUACCGUUACCUAUAAUUUCGAAAGAAUGCAAAAGGCUAUGACUUAUACCGGUUUGACCUUGGGUUUCUACGGUGGACUGGCAAUUGUCAUUGGUAUUCCAUACCAAUUGUUGUUCAUGCCAGAAACUAAGAAUAAGACUUUGGAGGAGAUCGACGAUAUCUUUUCCAGGCCAACCAGAGAAAUUGUCAAUGAAAACAUCGUGAACAUGAAGAGAAAUUGUUCCAGAUGGUUAAGACGUUCAUGA